UUCCGGGGCGCGGGGGCGUCGGUUCGGGAUGCGGCAGUUGCGCUGGCAGGUGGCGGCCGCGGCGGCCGUGAGCCUCGCGCUGGCGCUGGAGGCGCUGCCCGCGGCGCUGCGCUGGCUGCGGGGCGGGCGGCGGCGGCGGCGCGAGGUGCUCUUCUUCCCGUCGCAGGUGACCUGCACCGAGGCGCUGCUGCAGGCUCCGGGCGCGGCGGCGGGGCCCGCGGGCUGCCUGUGCAGCCUGCCCCACGGCGAGAGCUCGCUGAGCCGCCUGCUGCGCGCCCUCCUGGACGCCCGCGCCAGCCUCGAGCUCUGCCUCUUCGCCUUCUCCAGCCCGCAGCUGGGCCGCGCCGUGCAGCUGCUGCACCAGCGCGGGGUGCGCGUCCGGGUCAUCACCGACUGCGACUACAUGGCGCUCAACGGCUCGCAGAUCGGCCUGCUGCGCAAGGCGGGCAUCCAGGUGCGGCACGACCAGGACCUGGGCUACAUGCACCACAAGUUCGCCGUCGUGGACCGGAGGCUGCUGGUCACCGGCUCGCUCAACUGGACCACGCAGGCCAUCCAGAACAACCGCGAGAACGUGCUGCUCAUGGAGGACGAGGAGCUCGUGCGGCUCUUCCUGGAGGAGUUCGAGCGCAUCUGGGAGGAGUUCAACCCCAGGAAGUACACCUUCUUCCCGCGCAGGGAGUCGCCGCCGAGGGCCGCGGCCAGCGCGUGUCCAGGGCCGCAGGGGCGAGGCCGGCUGUGAGGACGGGACGGGCACCCGCCUGGCGCCCGGGGCCGCUGGGGCCUGCGCCGGUUCAGGAGCUUCACGCUGGGAAAGCAAAUCACUUAAGCCAGAUUUCUGUUUGUUAAGAUACUAAGUUGAACUAAAGAAAGUUUGGGGUUAAAAAGGAAAAUUCCUGUCACCUAAGGUCAGCUGUUUUGGAUUGAGCCCCUUUUUUUCUUUUCAUCAAAAAUAAAAAUAAAUUUAGUUACGUUUGGUCACCGGUGCUGUCGGGGUCAGAAUCUGAGGGUUUUACUUCCACCUGCUGCCUCUUCGGGGUUGGAAAGAAUGAGAUGCCCUUUCCUGGUUCCAGAAGCUCGUGCUUGACUGACUGUCCAGCUCAGCCCUUCUGGGGGACCCUGAAAAGUCCUCCCUGUUCCCUCUUCCCGUCAAGCAGGGCUGAACCCUUUGAGGAAAGGCCUUGGCAGCUCACCUGCGUCCACGCGAUGCCCGUGGCCUGCUCGGGAGGGUCACGAAGAGCCAGAAGCUGCUUCCCUGGCUCUGCCUUGGGCUUCUGCUUUCUAACAUUCUCCAUUCGAGGUGACUCUGUCGUGUGUUUAGAAGUGACCUUAACUUUCCACACUUGUGGACCUGACUAAUUCUCAUUUUUGGCUCAGUGUGAUCAACCAUGAGUUACUUGACCAUUUUGGAUUUGAGAAGAGGAAACAGUUUCAGGUUUUGGUACCUCCCCUAUUUCUCUCCCAUCUCGGGUUUGCUCAGCCCAGAGGUGCCACCAAGCCUGGCACUCCCCACCUGUCUCCAGAAGUGCCCCGUUGGUGUUUGCAUUCACAGGCAGUUAGAACAGGUGUCUCCGUACCGGUGUGAAACGUCCCCAGUUACUUUCUUCGCUGGGUCUGUGCCCUGUACAGCUCAAGUGACACCUGGAGCCAUCGUUUCAGUGCCGUGUCAUUUUCUGCAGGUUGCAGGCUCUGAGGAAGGGCCCUCCGGCUGCCUGGCCUGGCUGCGGGUGUCUCCAGCCCCCAGGUCACACCAGCGUUGCCGCUGCAGGGGCGUUCAGCAUUGUGUUUUUUGCUUUUUAAGUUAUCUCUGGUUUAUAGGCAAGAAAACUUGAUGUUAAUGUUUUUUAUCUGAUUGCAGCUGUACAGUAUGAUAUACAGUAUUAUGUUAUAUAAUGUAAGGCCACAAGAAAUAUUCUGUGUUAAUUCUCCCGAGUCUGCGUGCUCUGGCAGCUGAUGUUCUGAAAAGAAAACGGGAGGAGCUGCAGGCUGUGUCCUGUGGAUGAUGGAACCUGGUCUUACUCGAAUAAACGUUCUUGUUCUGGA